UCACCUCUCCCUCUUUCUUGUCUCCUGAGUUGAUUCUGCAUCAUUCCCACUCUUUAACUCCAGAUUACGGCGGAGUACCGGGGCACCUUCUCGGGGAGCCGUGCUUUAACAUGUCGGGGUUUGUUGUCUCGGGUCGCACCUGCCGACUCUCUGCAGGGAACAGAAGAUCCCACUUGUCUUGUCUUUAAUCCUCGUUUCCGCAUUCCCGCAGCCGCCGUGCGCUAAGAUCCACCGUCUCAACAGAAAAAACCGGUUCCUCCGGCUAAUCGAGCCCAACUAUUGCUGGCGGUGCAUUAUGUAUCCGGCGAGAGGACGAGAGGGAAACCGGAGCUGUGCGCGGCUGGUGCCUGUGGGCUGUAAAAGGCCGUUUUCGGCGGACUGAUAAAAGAAGCCUGAUCGAAGCGCGUCUCGCGGAUCCAACCUGCCGCCGCUCAUUCAUGUCCCGGGAUGGAAGGCUGCUGCCGCUCAUGUAUGCCCUGCUGUAGCCGGCUAUGGAACUGGAUAUGGCCCGACUUCCGCUACCCAACCGUCCCAAACCACGACCAUGUCAUCGCGAACCCCGCGGCGCAGGCGGCGGAGAUCCGCACCGUGUCCGGCGACAUCCGCGCUCCGUCGCCGAAGAAGCGGCCGGUGCAGUUGUACGCGGCGCUGUUCGACUUCGAGGCCCGCAGCGACGACGAGCUGACGGUGAAGGAGGGAGACAAACUGUCGGUGAUCGAGAAGCGGGGGGAGUACGUGCUGGCCAAGAAGCUGACCGGCUCUCUGGAGUCUGGACUGAUCCCGGCGAACUACGUGGCUCUGCUGCAGGACGAGUUCGCCAAACACAAGUGGUACUACGGCAACAUCAACAGAGUGAAAGCUGAGAAGCUGCUCCUGGCUUCCCAAAAUAAAGAUGGCUCGUUCCUGGUUCGCAUCAGUGAGAGUCACAGUAACGAGUACACAAUCUCUGCCCGGAGUGAGGGGAAGGUGUUUCACUUCAGGAUUCAGCGCUCCAUCAUCGGUGCAUACUUUGUCUCGGACAAAAUCUCUUUCGCCACCUUGGGAGAACUCAUCUCCUACUAUCAGAAAAACACUCGCAGCCUGGGAGUGCUGCUGGUGGAGCCCUGCGCCCAGCAGAACACCACCUGCUUGUCUUUGUUCUCAGCUGCUGAAGGUCAGGUGUUGACAUCGGCUCAUCUGAUCUAUAUGGGCAGUCAGAUUGCAGAAGGCAUGGCCUACCUGGAGGACAGGAACAUUGUCCACAGAGACCUGGCAGCCAGGAACAUCCUAGUGGGAGACGACCUGGUCUGCAAGGUGGCCGACUUUGGACUGGCCCGGAUAAUUAAGGACAGUGUGUAUACAGCGAGUCGAAACACAAAGAUCCCAGUGCGGUGGACGGCCCCUGAGGCGGCGAUUUACCAGCGCUUCUCUGUAAAAUCGGAUGUUUGGUCUUUUGCUGUGCUGCUGUACGAGAUGAUGUCACGUGGCAAAAUGCCUUAUGAAGGAAAAAGUAAUAAGGAAGUGUUGGAUCUGCUGUCGUCUGGAUUUCGGCUGCCCUGUCCAAACCGCUGUCCUCAGAAUAUUUACCGUAUCAUGAUGGACUGCUGGGCUUCUGAGCCCUCUAAGAGACCCUCCUUCCACGCCUUGCACAGUCAACUAGACUCAAUCUAUGCUAGGAUAUAUUUCAAGACUAUAGAGGUGUAGAAAGAGGACAGAGUACAGGACAUGGACGGAAAAUAUGACAGCGGUAUAAAUGGCGCAAGAGCAAUUCCUCCACAAUCAACCUCCGACAGAGAGACAGACUACCAAUGUUAAGGAGGAAUAAAAACGGAAAAUGAGAAACUGCAAGGAAUAUUCUCAUUCCCCAUGCAAUACACUUCUACAACAGGGUAUAUUUACUGUAAGACCACAACCAGAGCAUCGGAAAUGGACUUUCACAUGUGUUGAGGAGGAGAAGAUGCUAACCAAAUCAAAUAAGAAAGAGGGGAACAUUUAGAGCAUAAAUGAGAUUUUGGGUUUUUUUAGGCUAAAAGAAAAAGACUGAAAAAUACACUCCUUUCUUAAAAAAAAAAACAUAUAACCCUCACAUUGAAACCCUCGGCACAUGCACAGCACCAUCUGCGUUGGAUUUUAUACCCGUCUGUGUUUUUAUAUGAUAUUUUACUACUUUGGUAUGUGCCAUGUCUGUGUGUAUGCACACUUGUUGAAAGUUUAUGAAAAUGCAGGUCAUUACUUAAAUUAUUCACCUGUCAUUUGACUGCAAAGCCAGUGCUAAAAUUGAGGUUAUGUGCAAUAAUUAAAUGCUUGCUGAGUUUUUAGCCAUGCUUGGGGCCUGGUGAUCUUGGAAAAGAUUAGAGUAGUGAAUUGGUACUGACCUUUGAACCUUGGCUGUUGUGAUCCCAUGAUCUUUCACAACCACCAUCAUCAAGUCAGUUUCCUCCAGAGGAUGAUGAUGACGACAGUCUUAGCUGAGGUUAAAGUAAAUGAUAAGCCAAAGAUACGGUAUCUGAGACUUGGACGAAUGACUAAUAACUCUUAAUGCACACGUGGCACGCAAGUAUUGAUUUAAAACAGUGUUUUUUACAAAAAAGCAACAAAAGAAUUAAAAGCUGCAUUGUAAUGUUUCCAGAUAUAUGCAUUUCCAAGCUCUUGCUGAUAGUUCUUCAAGAAUGUCAACACCGCAUUGAUACCUUUACAUUAACAUAGGGAGCCAGAAUGAGCAUUGGAAUGGGAAAGUGUGCGUCUGGCUUAUUGCCAUAUAAUAUUAUAUAAUGUACUUACUUUGCUUAAACCUGUGAUCACACAAAUAAAAACAUCUACAGAUGAUUCACUUCUAGAAUUUUACCAGAGUCUCCUUCAACUGUUUGGAACCUCAUGCCAUCUACAUAGACAAGAGUGGCAUCAGUUUUACACGUCCAAAUAGGUUUAGUUAUUGCUAACAUCAUUCUUCACGUUUUAAAAUAGAAGCACAGGUAGUAGCAGUUAGCCACCAGGGGGCGACUCCACUGGUUUCAAAAAGUCUUUUGGGAAAUAAGCCUACUUCUCACUUGAUUUAUCAUGCAAGUAAACAUUUAGUUAAUGGUCUCAAUUACUCACAGUUCUUCAAAAGAAUAUGAUGUCAAUUUUGUAAAUAAUAUUCGUACAAAAUUCAGGCUCUCAGAGCCGCCGCCCUGCCAGCAGGUGGUGCUAUGCUCUUGACUCAGUUUUUAUGUGCUGAUGUUGUCUGAACGGGUCUGUUGUCUCACUCACGUAUGAAGUUUCGAGCAGAUCGGUCAAUGUACAGCAAAGUUGCAGGGCACUUCAUGUUCCGUGGCGAAUGGUCAAAAUCUGCCCAAAUUCCGAUGGUUGACAUGGCCACGCCCUUUUUUAAUCUGAAAGAUCUUUUGAUAACUUUUCAUCUCUGAUGUGUGUAGUACAAAUUUAAACAUUUUUCAUGUUGCUAGGACAAGUUUGUUCGUUUAUGAAACGUGCACAUCGCCAAGAUGGACACCAACAAAAAAUGUCAAUUAAGUCCGUUUUCACUGACAUUUGGUUUGUCAAAAAUGUGAUCCUUUUGGGGAGAAAAAAAAAACAUUCCAGGAAUUCCAACAGGUCCUCGCACCACUGUGUGAGCGCUCGGGCCCUAAAAACAUGGCACAUACGAGGGGACACCAGCGUGAUUGACGGCUGGUAUUGCCCAAUGGGCGCAUUUGUGAACUUCCAUUUACAAAAUGAAAACAUGACGUUGGCCAUAUUGUGAAACUUCACAACCAGAAUGUGUUUUCAAACUGGAAGACUACGUGCAUUUUCAUACGCAGUCUAGGUUCAGUGCAUAAUCUGUGAUCUAUGAGACAAAGUUAUUUUAGCAACAUCGCUGUGUUGCAUUUUCUGUUUCAAUAGGAAAAUGAGUCUGUGUCACUCAAGGACCCUCACUGUACAUUGCACUUCUGGGGCCCCUGGCAUGGCUGUACACGACUGGUCUUGUCAUUAAGGACAAGUAUCAAGUGUUUUUGUCCUGCCGCCUUCUGUAACAGGGAAUUUAAGAAGGUUUUUGGCACUAUGUUGCAUAAUAUGAAGAGCAGUUGUCCACCAUAUAUUAUAUAUAUUUUUUUUUUUGGUUCUUUUUGUGAUGCAUUAAAUAGUGUCUGACCCAGUGUUUGAGAAGCCUGUGAGCCAAAAUGCCAUAUGUGUACAGGCCUUAAGUUAUUAAUGCUCCUCUACAGGCCCACACUACUGACCAGUUACAAUUGUAGUGUUUGUGUUUACAUUACAGAGACUGUACAAAAUAUUGACAGGACAAACCACAAACCUGGUAUGAAGGCAAAAGAGACAACCAGCCAAAUCCAGAACUAUGUUUGAGGGGGUGGCUCGUGUGAUUUCUGCACCACAAAAUUGUACAACAAUCCAGCUUGGCUCUUUUUAUGCAUGGCAUUAACAAAAGACAGUGCCAAGUUCAGGAAACUUGAGCCAUAAUCACCAAAUCACAAGACUGAGACUUUGUGUUUUAGCCUGUGUGCCAUCAGGUACCAAACACCAGUUGUGCAAAGAAUAAAGUAUUUUAAGUAUUGUGUA